GUGGCGCAGUCCUCAAAAUUCGAUAAGACGGCACAGACAAGUUGCGUGUUUGUUUUCGCGAAAUCGAGUGAUUCGCAAACUUUUCAAUGCCUUACUCUGUUUCGUUUCUUGGCUCCUUCUCCGAAAUUCAAAUUUGGAGGUAAGAAAUGUGAAUUUGCGAGUGCUUCGUGACGAGAUCAUUCCAACAAAAUUACAAGACAUGACUAGGGUAGCGAGAAAAUCGCUAAACUGCGCGAUCUUGGUCACCAUAAUGGGCACAAGACCCUGCAAACCUUUGACACCACAUCAGCAGAUUCUCCGUUAAGAGCAGGUCUUCUUUUGAGAGGGGCCCUGGGCCUUAUCGCAGGCAGGGGCCCCCACGACUCCAGUGGCCGAUGUUGGCAGCUCCCGGGGCCGCUGCUGCUGUCCAAGCGGCCCUUGAAGAUGGAGCGACAGAUAUCGGUAUUGCGUCUGUUGAAGACAUAACAUUAUCAACUUCGGUCCUCAAUGGAGAUGCAGCCUGCAUAUCUGUCAACCCUGCAACCGCGGGUGCCGCGCUGGGCAGCAGCAGCUCCAGCGGCACGUGUCCACGGCCCAAGAAGCUCCAAAGCGGCUCUUUUGGUCGCAAGGGCCGUGGAUACGAGUCAUCUGGUGGCAGACGGCUCAGCGUGGACAGGCGCUUUUUGCAAUCAGGGCGCCUGGAACGCGUCAUGCUUCAUUGGAAUCUCAGGGAUGCCACCGUCACUUCAGAAGACUGGAUCGGCUUGUACCUUAUUGAGGAGAGUGAUCCCACCAAAUUCCUCGAACGGCGCAGUGACGGGGUGGUGGGAAACCCUCAGGGUCAGGUGAUGUGGUUGCUUGACCUAGCUCAACCUCCACUUUCGCACCAACAAGAGGGCGAAAAGCUGUGCUUCCGCUACUACAGUGCAUUCAACACCGCACCAUUGGCCUCGUCGGAACCGCUCAACGUGCUCGCUCGAGAGACGCUGGCUGCUGACCACCAGUUCUUGCCCUCUGAGAGCUCUGACGAGGAAGGUUGUGCCCUUCUUCAGGCAGACCCUACCACCGAUGUCUCUUUUAUUGACCAGUCGUCUCAAGUCCACUUCAGAAUCUCUUGCAUAGCUGCUCGUAGUCUCCGACGCAGCGUAUUCUUCAACCCAGAUCCCUACGUAAAGCUGAGAAUCAGACCAGGCAGUUGCGAGGAGGAAGACUCUGGAGUGAGCAUGUUGCUGCCGCACCACGGACAAGAGAGCCGGACCUCGGUGCGAGAGGCAACCACGCACCCCUCGUGGGAAUCUCAAGCAUUUCUCUUUACGGCUCUUCCUCAAGAUAUGUUGGACAUUGAAAUCAAAGAUAAAUUUUCCAAGUCUCGUCCCUUGGUAAAUAGAUACCUGGGCCGUGUCAGUGUGCCAGUUCGAUCAAUUCAGGAGAGAGCUCAAAAUUGUCCUGCUCAGUUCAAGCUGCCUUUGACAACUCCUGACAGCUCGCAAGGCCAGGUGUUUUUCACCGUGUCUUUGGAGCCAGCGCAAGCGCCAUGCAGUCUCUUCCAGGAGGACUGUGAUCACAUUCAUUUCCUACCAUUGGCAUUUUCGUCCUCAGACCAAGACGAGGGAUUAGCCGGCAGCCUAAAGAAAAAGGUGUCUCGGCGCAAUGGCACCAACUGCAAGAAUCCCUUUUCGGGGCGCAGGGAGCUCGAGGACAUAAUGCGCAUCAAGGGGUUCAGCUCAGAGAGCGAGUCAGAGCCAGAGGCAACUUUCCAGUUGAAAAAGAAAAUGUUGCAUCGCAAUCUCACGCCAAAGAGACUGAGCAAUGGUGUCGGCGCCGGAGCAAACGAGGACUCUGGUUCUGACUCAGCCAAAGAUCAGGUGACAUGGAACUCUCACAAUUGCGGUCGAGGAGGAUCGGAGGCCGAGGAGGAAGCGCCUGCAAAAGGCGACUACUACCCAAUUUGGCAACAACCUCCCAAGGCACCAGAGUCCAUCUAUGAGACUCUUUACCCAAAAGGAGAACCCAUGCCACCACCUUUGCCUCCACGGGCGUCCAAACCGUCCAUGCCUGCUCAAAAACGUCCCGCCACGCUGGCUCACCGGCCGCUGGAGCGCACCAAGGCGCUGCAGUUCAGUGACGAGGCAGCCCCGCCCAUAGUUCCUCGGCACCAGAAGCCCCAAAAGAGCUCACCCACGGUGCCCGAAGUGCCACCUCGGCCGCAGAAACUAGUCAACCCUGAGGACGUGUUUGCUUUUGAAAUCAUCGAUGUCGAUGAGGUCUCUUCUAGUCAAAUUAGACUACCCAACACGCAAGCCGUCCCCGACGACUGUGAUAGCAGACUGGCGCCUCCAGAGGCGGCGCCACUCGCCACCCCAGAACAGGACAGCAGCAGUCUGGUCGACUGUCCAUCCAUCGAAGAGGAGCAGCCGCCCGCCCAAGCGGCUUCUCAGCCUCCUGCCGGGGGCAGCACCGGUGGCCUGCUGGCAGUACCGGAGGCCCCCGCUAAUGGCGUCAGCCCCGUCUCGCCCGUCACGCCUAACUCGGACGCGACCGUUACCUCUAGCGGCUCGGACACGGUUGUGUUGAGCAAUCACAGCUCGAGUUCCGAGUCGUUGGCGUCCGCUGAUUUUGUCGAGGUGACGCUGCCUGAGCCGAGUGCCACCCCCGCCACCCCUACCCGCCCGCACCGCCCCCUGUCGCGGCAGACGACGCACCCGCCCUCCAGCCACGACCUCUUCCCAAAGCCGAGGAACAAGCUGCUGGCCCGGGUGGCCAGUCCAGUGCCAGGGUCGCCGCAAUGCCCUCCCACACCGACGCACCACGCCCGCCGCAAUGCUAGGGCCACCCCGCCGCCCCUGGCGCUUGAAAGGGACCUGGACGACAACCACGAGUGUGAGCUAGAGCUGGACGAGCCUCCACCCAUCUGCGUCCCCCAGAGCACAGCAGCCAGACACGUGACAACCACCAGAUUGCCUUCAAUCCCAGAGCGAAACUACAAAAGCCAGCGGGUGGAAUUGUCAGCCGAUGACGAACCCUUGCCAGCAUUUUGGGAGGCGAGAAUAGAUAGUCACGGCAGAAUCUUUUACAUCGACCAUGUGAACCGAACGACCACCUGGCAGCGGCCCUCCGCCACUAACACCAGCAGGGCUCGUCCCUCCAGCAACGACCUGCAGAGGCAGCAACUAGACCGCAGAUAUCAAAGCAUUAGAAGGACAAUCACCUCUCGGAGACUCGAUGUUGAGGAGUUCAGUUUGAGCACUGGCGAGGGUGCAAGCACCACCGCCACGCCUCCCCUGCCCGAGAGACACGACCACAUCCUCCAGGUUCCAGCUGUCAAAUUCGUCGCCCGUCCAGACUUUUUCUCCAUUCUACAUACUAAUGAGGAGGCCUUCAACUUGUACAACAGAAGUGGUACUCUGAAGCACAUGGUCACUAAAAUCAGGAGGGAUGGUCAUGCUUUUGAAAGGUACCAACACAACCGUGAUUUGGUCACGAUGCUCAACAUGUUUGCCGACACCGGACGAGACCUGCCAAGGGGGUGGGAAACCAAAUUCGAUAGAAAUGGAAAGCAAUUCUUCAUUGACCACACUACGAAAACAACAACGUUCAUUGACCCUAGAGUUCCUGUAGAAGCACCAUAUGUGAAUCCUCACAAACUUCUCUUGCCUGGAGCAAGACGGAGGAGUCGAAGCGCCGGAGAGGAAGAGCUUAGCCAAACUCGAGCGCCAAUUCCUCCUCCUCGUCCCUUGAACAGCAAUACAGCCCUUGUGCAGCGAAUCAUGCCUGAAAUUCCCACGGCGUACAACGAAAAGGUAGUCGCCUUUCUUAGACAAGCUAACAUCAUGGACAUCCUGAAAGAACGUCACGCUGCAAUCAGUACAAGCCAAAGUCUCAAGGACAAAGUCAACGCCAUCAGGGUGGACGGCACGCUAGCGCUCGACAGACUCAGCGACGACAUCGAUCUCACUAUUUUGUUGAGCCUUUUCGAGCAGGAGAUCAUGUCGUACGUCCCGGCGGCAGCGCCCGCCGGACGCUCCCCGCGGGGUUCGCCGCAGAUUUCUCCACAGACCUCACCAGGCCUCUCGCGGGCCAACGCCAGGGCUCCUGCGCCCUACAGAAGAGACUUUGAGGCUAAGCUGCGCAACUUCUAUCGCAAACUCGAAUCAAAAGGUUACGGACAGGGACCUGGAAAGCUCAAGCUGCACAUUCGCAGAGAGCAUCUGUUGGAAGAUGCGUUCAACAAAAUCAUGGCUGCGUCCAAGAAGGAUCUGCAGAAGUCCAAGCUGUAUAUCACCUUCGACAGAGAAGAGGGCCUCGACUACGGCGGUCCGUCCAGGGAGUUCUUUUUCCUGCUCUCCAGAGAACUGUUCAACCCGUAUUACGGACUUUUUGAGUACUCGGCAAACGACACUUACACGGUGCAGGUUUCUCCUGUCUCGGCCUUCGUCGACAACCACCACGAGUGGUUCCGCUUCAGUGGCCGUGUUUUAGGACUAGCUCUUGUUCACCAAUACCUACUCGACGCUUUUUUCACUCGACCCUUCUACAAAGCACUGCUUAGAUUACCUGUAUCUUUGAGCGACCUUGAGUCUCUAGACCAUGAGUUCCACCAAAGUUUGCUUUGGAUCAAAGAAAAUGAUAUCACCGACCUUUUGGACCUGAACUUCGCAGUCACUGAAGAAGUUUUCGGUCAGAUCGUGGAGAGAGAACUAAAGCUAGGAGGCAACAACAUUCGAGUCACAGAAAAAAAUAAAAAAGAAUACUUAGAACGCAUAGUUAGAUGGCGCUUGGAGAGAGGAGUCGCGGAACAGACCGAGUCGUUAGUCAGGGGUUUCUACGAAGUCGUCGACCCGAGACUUGUGUCUGUCUUUGACGCUCGUGAGCUUGAGCUGGUCAUCGCGGGAACCGCAGAAAUCGACCUGCUUGACUGGCGCAAAAACACCGAAUACAGAUCAGGCUACCACGACAACCACCCUGUGAUUCAAUGGUUUUGGCAUGCCAUCGAAAAGUUUACCAACGAACAACGCCUCCGCCUCCUGCAGUUUGUGACUGGAACUUCAAGUAUUCCUUAUGAGGGUUUCGCUGCUCUCCGAGGCAGCACGGGACCCAGGAAAUUCUGCAUCGAGAAGUGGGGGAAGCCAAACAGCCUCCCAAGGGCGCAUACUUGCUUUAAUCGGUUAGAUUUGCCGCCAUAUCCAACUCUCGACACCCUGUACGAGAAGCUCCUCCUGGCCGUUGAGGAGACCAGCACCUUUGGCAUUGAGUAAUGCAACUAUUCACACUCACACACACGGCACCACGACCCAAGCUUUUAAGAUUCUAAACUUAUGCGCAUUGUUGUUACUGCAUGAUAAUUCCAGUUGAUGAAGAAUCAACAAACACUGCUAAAAAUUAUAGCUACUGAAUUUUAUAUCCAUUGUGAUUUUGUGCUCUAGUCAGUCAGGUAUCUCGACAUUUUAUUGCCACAAAUCAGAUGCCCCUUACAAACUUGUAAAUAAUAAAGCAUUUCUGUUCUUAAAAUAA